AUGUAAUGCAGUCCUGCAAGGGUUUAUAGUGUGGUGGUUGCUUUCAACUUGGCGUGUCUUACCGUUUACACACUAAAUAUUAAUAAUAAAAUAAUAGCAAGCAUGUCGAACGGCGUGUCGAGCCUCAACGACGCCGCGAAAAACUCCCGAGAACAACGGUAUUCUGAGGGUAGUUUGGGGAGGCUGCAGGCGAAACACUCGACGGAGAUGGACCAACCUAACCCCUGUAAUCCGAGCCUUAAGAGGCCCGCGGUUUCCGAUAACGAAGGUGGUUCACCCCCAAAAAAGAAGCAUAAAAAUCCCCAGCCAAAGAACGCCGUUUGCGCAUUAAACGAACUGAAAACUGGAGCUGUUUACAAAGUUGUUCGUCAAACUGGGCCGACUCAUGCCCCGAUAUUCACUAUAGCAGUUCAGAUAGAUGAUCAAAUUUACGAAGGAAAAGGGCGCACAAAGAAAAUGGCAAAACAUGCAGCGGCGGAAUUGGCAUUGAGAAAUAUCGUUCAAUUUAGAAAUGCCCCAGAAGUUCACCAAGCCAUCAACUUGGUAUGCCAUCCAGUGAUUCCUAUAGAGCCAGAUUUUACGAGCGAUGUAACCGAGAGAGAUAACCACUUAGUAAAUACGUUUAAGACUCUCAAUCAUGAGCCUAAAAAUACAAAUAAAUUUCUGGACAAAGGACCAGUCGCUCUAAUCAACGAACUGUAUCCCGGUGUUAUUUAUAAGUGCAUAUCAGACAGUGGAGAAAGCUAUGCUAAAUUCACGAUCGCCGUUACCAUAGAUGGUGAAACAUUCGAGGGCACUGGUCCUAGUAAGAAACUGGCCAAGGCGGCGGCUAGCAAAGCUGCCCUUGCUAAAUUGAAGAACGUCCAUAGUUCUUCUUUCAGAAGCCCUCUACCAGCUCGUGUUAUCUCUAAUUUCUCUAGCGGUGGUCACUGGCAAGAACAGAUGACCCUGCCUCAAAUGCUCGCUGAUAAAAUAGGUAAAAUGGUCAGCCAGAAGUUCACUGAAUUGAUGCAGAAUAAACCUCAGCACGCAAGACGCAAGGUUCUGGCUGGGAUUGUGCAGACUCGUGGAGCCGAUGCAGAACUUAUUUGUGUUACAACUGGUACCAAAUGCGUGUCUGGUGAGCACUUGAGUGUCAGUGGGGGUGCUCUGAAUGAUUGCCACGCUGAGGUAGUAGCACGAAGAUGCUUGUGUGAGUAUUUAUAUAACCAGCUAGAACUACAUCUGGAACAUCGGGCCGAGGAAUCGAUUUUAGAGGCAACGAAAAAAGGCUACAAGCUAAAAGACGGAAUACAAUUCCAUCUCUAUAUAAAUACUGCGCCGUGCGGAGAUGCCAGGAUAUUUUCACCUCACGAAGAAAAUGAAGCGAUCGACAAACACCCCAACAGACGAGCAAGAGGUCAACUCAGAACGAAAAUCGAAUCUGGAGAGGGUACUAUUCCUGUUAAAAGCAGCGAAGGCAUCCAAACUUGGGACGGCGUGCUUAUGGGUCAAAGGCUGUUGACGAUGUCGUGCUCGGACAAAAUAGCUCGAUGGAACGUUUUGGGAGUACAAGGUGCUCUUCUGAGUCACUUCAUCGAGCCAAUUUACUUACACAGCAUCGUUCUUGGCAGCCUGCUAAAUCCCAGCCACAUGUACCGUGCCGUUUGUGGUCGUAUCGAAAACACAAUUCAGGGUUUGCCGCCACCAUACCGACUGAACAAACCGCUUAUGAGUUUAAUCACAUCUUCGGAGGUCAGACAACCGGGAAAAGCACCCAACUACAGCGUUAAUUGGACAAUUGGUCAGACGGAUGCUGAAGUUAUCAAUUGCACUACAGGAAAAGACGAAGUUGGGAAACCGUCGAGAAUAUCCAAGCAGGGUUUGUUUAGAAAGUUCUUCAACCUGGUUGGAAGAAUAAACAUGAUUGAAUAUGUGGACUCUCACAACUGUCGUCAUUAUUUCGACGCUAAAUCGUCCGUCGAAGAUUAUUCGCUGGCCAAACGUCAACUAAAGGAUGCUUUUGUGAGAGCACAACUUGGAAGCUGGGUAAAAAAGCCAAUAGAGCAAGAUAUGUUUGAAGUUGAUAUCUGACUAGGCUCGGUAAUUUCUGAGCCUUUCGAUAGAACGGGAUUCAGAAUUUCGGAGUAUGUAGUUCCUAGCGUAAAAUAGAUCGCUCGCUCGGCGUGUCAUGUCGCGGCAGAGUUUGGCACCAGUAAAGCAUAAAUCAUAGGAUCUCAGCUAAAUUUUAAUCUUUCAACUAUUUAGGGAUACACUGACUUUUAUUAAAGGGAACGAGGUAUAGAAUUCUAAGUAUUUGAGAAUUCAUUCUUUUAGAUCGUUCUCUCGAACCUCGAAAAUCAUAUACAUUAUCACUAGGUUUUAUCAUUCGUAUAAAGUCAUACUAAACUUGGACCAUGCUUGUCAACAGAAUUAUUGAAUUCCUUGUACAAGGUGGUUUGAGACGAUUAGUCUCAUAUUUUUAUUAUGAUUCGUCUAGUCCAUAACUCUGAAUUGAGUUAGAAAACUCAAAAGUACCAGUGAGUAAGUUUGAAAAGGUGGGGGUCCAUUUCAAACCGAUUUUCUUUCACUCUUCCCAGUGCAGUGAUUAAUCGAUUUAGUCUUAAACCCAGUUAUGGUCCAUUUAUAGAUCAAUUGACUUUGACUAGUAUCAUAAUUCUCUUGCCUAGAAGUACAAUGAAAUAAUGAUCGAUAGACUGGUAGUAAAAUAUAAGGUACGUUAUUUCACUGUAGUAGAACGUUUUACAAUAAACGCGUAGUGGCCUUAGAUUUUUCGUUGUUUUGAUGUUUAAAAAACCUCAACGAUAAAGACAAUGAGAAUACCAGUUAAACAUAUCUACCCUUUUUUGUAGAAUUAAAAGACAAUUAUGUAGUUUAUAUCUAGUGUCAGUAAUUUGUAAUUUAAAAAAUUUCUCUUACCGCUCCACUGCUCUCAAUUUUAUUAGGUAACAUCUAAUAAAUCUAUCGUAGAUGAAUCCAAAUAUCGGUUUUGGAUUAAGGUUUUAAGAUAUCUCUAAGUCAGUUUUUUUAUUUUUUUUUUUUUUUUUCUUCUAUGCUAAUCGCAAGACAACGUGGGCUAUGAUUUUCAUUUGUCAAAUGCAUUUUUUAUCUCAUUGACCGAAGAUGAGAAUUAUAGAGGUCUGUAGAAUUUUUUGUUCUUUAAACUUAUUUCUUGCACAGACAUCACCUUAAUGGUCGUUGAUAUUCGCUUUGAAUUUACAAGAGGAGAUAGUUUUACAUACUGCAUCCCUAAUGGCUGUGAACUAAAACCAAUCUCAAUAAGUUACGAUAUAAUUUCUUGCUAUACUUUAUCAGGGUGGCGACAAACCGGGAAAACCAGGAAUAAUCAGGGGAUUUCGUCCAUCGGGAAAAGUCAGGCAACUAUAAUAAAUCAUAGGGAAAAGUGUAUUUUUUUAAAAAUCGUUGUCAAACAUCAGUUAUGCUUCGUAAAUUCAGUUGACCUAACUUUCAGACGUGGUGUUGUUCAAUUUCAAAUUAUUUGUGCGAAACGAAGCAAUACUAUGUGGUUUUAGAUACAAAUUAAUGUAUUCAAAGCGCACAACUUCUGGAGCUUUUGUUCAUAAAAGCUACCCAACCUAAGUUGCGUGGGAAAUCUUCGGGGAAUUCUAAAUUUCUUGACGGAAAAUUUCAGGGAAUUUUAUUUGUGCAAAAUCGUUGUCACCCUGUUUUUCCAACUACCUUUGGAUCCUUACAAUCUUUAUUAUGUAAUGUUAUUAUUAAUAUUGUGCUCGUUCUUUUUUAUCAUUGCCAAACAAACCUCUUGUUGUUUUUUGCUAACCAAUCAAACUGUUCAAUCAAGCUCGAAAUCAGAUGUGCUCAAAUGAAUACAAAGCUGGAUUACUAGUGUGUAGUGAUUUCUAAGAAGAGACGUUAGAAAGUCCUAUGAUUAUUGCCUCACUGUGCCAGUAUUAGUGACAAAAAAUUGAAAGAAGCUAAUUGAAAUGAAAGCAAAGAAAACCAGAACAAAAAUAAGACGACGAAAACAAAACUCACGAUAAUUCUGCCGUAGUGUCACACUGCUCGAAGACGGUCCAGUUUUGCGCAAAAGUCUGUAUACUUUUAGGAACUAUAUAGUUUGUUCUGAUUAAGCGAAGGUAAUUUAUAAUGUUAAAGUUCUUGUUCAAGCCAAAGCCUCAAUAGAUGAUUAUUAUCGUACCACCUAUACUCGGAUCUCGAUUUUUAUCAUUGUAUCUUGGUUCACGUUACAAACAUAUCUCUUUACGGUUACAACCGAGGCUGCAUGAGGGGUCGUCGCGCGUCUUCGAUCUUGGAAUAUUUUAUCUCGAAUUGCUUCCAAAACCGAGAUCUGAGUGUACCAAAAAUACACUAGCGAGUAUUAGUAUUAUUGACUAUCGAACGUCAUUUCCUCGACAAGUUAUAUAUCCUCUUCCUUAAAAUUUUAAUAGAACGAUUUUAACUGAGUGUUUAAUACUUAGGAUAAAAAGCUCAAAACUUCUUACAUUCAACAAAAUUAGUAUAUCAUGAUCGUUGCAAAAUUUUCUUCAAUAUUGAAUGUCAAUUUUUCUUACCCGAAAUCCUUGAUCAAGGCUUUACUGUUUUCUGGUAUGCAGAUGCCAAGACAAUUUUCUUUUUUCUCCCAAUCCUAUUUGCAUUGUGUUUUUAUUUUUGACAAAAAUGUUAUUAGAAACUUUUGACAAUUGAAAAAUAUUACUCGAAAUAUUAAACCAGUUUUGUUCAUAAAAGUUGAUUCGUUCAUCGCUUUUCGAAUUCUGCCCAAUUUGAUUUUUUACGCGACGUUUCAAGAACCAAGUAAUAUACAAAUAAAAAAUAACGUUGAAAUAAAGUAAAAUGGUAAAAAUAAACCGACAAAAAUUUCGCACGUGUUAACAAAGUCUUAGACUAUGUCUUCUUUCACUUCGUAUCUUACAUAAUAUUACCACAAAAACAAAAAUAAAAAAAAAAAAAUUAAAAAAUAAAAAAAAGAAGUAGCCCAUACAGGAUAUAGCGUUGUGGCGAAUAUUGUAGAUUCGCAUUAAUUAAAAUACGUAUAAAAGUUUCAACAGUUGAUACUUAAUUAGAAACAUUCACAUACAUGCAUAUUAUGCGUAGUAAUAUUCUCUCUCUAAUUAUAGAUACAUAGGUUGAUCAUAUAAACAGUUAGAAACCCUAUUAAAAAAAAGAAAAGAAUAAAUUACAAGAAAACGAAACCUAACAAAAAAAAGUGGUAAGAAAAGAAAAAAAAAAAAUUACAAGUAUCGAUCAUCGACGAACAUUUCAGCCUGUUAGAUUUUAAGCUUAACUAGUGCCUCUAGUUAUAAAAAGUGAUGAAUAUCGAGAACAAUGUUCGACGAGUUAAUAAUUAAUUAUUAAAUCGUAGUAUUAUUAGAUAAUUAUUCAAUUAAACUUGCCAAAUUAGUUUGAGUAUUUCUUCGAUUAUUGUUACGCGACAAAGGAUUGGGUCGUCCUUUUUUUCCGGCUAUCUUUUUUCAACGUUUCGGUAGCUUGAACCUGGAUCUAAUCCAGUAUAAUAAUUAAACAUUUGAUUGAAAAAUUGCUAAAAUCUAUUUUGCGAGUUACGCCCUUUUUCAAAUUGAUGUGCGGGGUGUAAAAUGAGGUCAAACGACUCAAUUAAAAUCACAUAUCACUUAUCGCAUUCCAUAAAAUUAUAUCUAUUGCAAGAAGAAUUUUUGGGACGAUCCAAUUAUAGUUAGUUACAUUACGCAUACGCUGAAACGAAUACAUAAUAUUGUGAAGAAAAAGAUUUGCAUUCGUUACAUGUUGAAUGUAAUAUAUCUCAUAUUAUUUUAGUUUCAUAUCAAUAAAUUCUCCCAUCUCUUUCAGUCAGCCACUAUUGAAUUCCGGUUUUACACGUUACUUUUUAUUGUUACCUUAUAUACUGUCCUAGUCGUCAAAAAAUUAUACGUACAUGUUUGUUACAUAAUAUUUUUUUAAUGAGUAAUAUGGUCACAAACUUCUGUGAUUAUCCUCAUUUUUAUUUUUUUGGAUUAUACGCAUAUUUUUAUCGAAUGAAUUUUCUUAUUAUUAUCAUCGUUUUUCUGUAUAAUCACUCGAAGCUAUCAAGAAAUAUCGAAACAUUAUACAUACACACAUACAUAUAUGUAUAUAAAAAUUGACAAAAAAAGAAAAAAGGAAUUUUAAUGGACUUGAGAAACAAGAUGAAAAUCUCUCAAAUGUUUUGACCAAGGUAUUUGCAUCAUAUUGAUGAUUGCGUUUACGAUUUAAUAAGUAUGACUGUAUAUCAGAAAGUAAGAUGCCAACUAAAAUUUAAAUGUCCACACAGUUCUGAAACAUGUAUAUGAUUAAUGAAAAAGGAAAGAAAAAAAACUCAUUAAAGACACCAUGUUCGUACCAAAUGUAAAUUUAUAUCCAUGUUGCACCUGUUUUUUGGUGAUAAUGUUGUGCAGACCUUUUUCUGCUGAGAUGUGUUUCUUUUUUUUUGUUUAAACGUUUCAUCUUCAAUAGUUAUAUUUGAUGUAAGUUCAAAAAUCUUACCUUCUUUUUCCCCCGCGUUCUGGUCACGAUAUCCGCAAAGAAUCGAGAAAAACGCAACGCAGCGAAUCUUAUAUCUCCCUGUGAUAUUAACCGUGAAAUGUAAAUUUGCAGGUCGAAGCAGGCAAACAAAAGAGUUUAAUGAAACGAAAAAACGAAUACAUAAAAGGAAAAUAGAAAAGCAAAGCCAUUUUUUUUUUUAACACUUCAAACUCUUAUAUUACAUUUAUCUUGAUACAUUUCCUAUAAAAGGUAUUAUCUAUUACCCAGUUAUUAUUGUCAUACUUUGCAAUAUCCCGUAAAUGAUUGAAUGAAAUUCAGAUUCGUAUGAUUUCAAACGCGUUGUACAUUGUUCAUAAUAAUUGAUUCAAAUGAUUGGUUCAAAAUAUUGCGUUACUGAAAUAUCAUUCUGCAAAUAACAUUGUAGCAACAUUUACAAUUAUUUCAAAGGACUUUUGCACGGUUCACUUAUGUCAAUGAAAUGAUAUUCACGUUCUUAUAAUAACAUGUAAAGUAUGACAAUUUGUUUGUUGUUUUUUUUUUUCUCGUAAAUUUUAUCUCUUACAUGUAAAUUUAUAGGCUUUAUAGGUUUGAACUUUUUUUUUUAAUGAUAUGUAUGUGUUUUUGCCGGGAGGUUGAUUUUUUCCUCUCCUUUAACAAGAUAUGCUUAGCAUAAUAUAGAAGUUUUUUUUUUUUUUUUAUUUUUACACUUGACAACAAGCAAUAUCUAAGAUAAUUAAAAAAAUCUUUACAUCUGCACUUGAACAUCUCUACGCCGUUUUAUUUAUGUUUCAACCAAUGCGUGUUGGAUAUUUUUAUUUUAAAAUCGUACGUUUCGAGCACCUCUAAUUAUAGUGCACAGUAAUGUUAACAACGCAGAAAAAAAAGCAAUAAUUGGAUUUCAAGUGAUGAAAAUAGUGGAAAAUAGAAAUUAAAAUUCAAGCAGCAAAUUUUAAUCGUUUUACCAGGAAAAUCAUAGUUUGGACGAGGAGCACUUAACCGUAAUAAUAUACGUAACAUUGUGGCAUAUAUUCAACCUUACACACAUAUAUAAUUAUUUAAUAUCAUUAUAUUUAUCUGUAUAAUAUGUACUUUCUAAUUAUUUUGUAAACUUAAUAUACCUCUAGCUUCUGAAUAAUAUUUUAUUCAUAUUGUGACUUGCGGCAAAAUAUAUGCCUUCGGCAAAAACUGCUCUUGCUUUUAAAUAUUUUAUUAAUAACUUUUUUUUUUUUCAACCCUUUUUUCAAAUAACGAAAGCCGCAACGGUAUAUCUAUACAGUAGUUCGAAUUACAAUGAAACAAACGUUUUGCCAAUGUUAAUACCUUUUGACGACACGAUUGCGUAAUUACAUGCAAAGUUGUUUCAAUUGAAAAAACAGUUAAUUUCAGA